UAUAGCCUAGAUCGGGCGACAAAUUUUCUUUGGCAGUUACUAAGCCCCCAUAGAUUUGCGCUGAUGUGGCCUAACUGACGCAUGCGCGGCCGGGCGGUGUCGGCCCUCAGAGGCCAGCUAGGGUCCGGGGGCGGAGCUUGCGGUAGCCCAGGCGCGGCUCUAGAAUCAUGGCUGAAACGCUGGGCCAAGACCAAGAUGCUGGUACCAACCCGUCGGUGCUGUUCCUGCACCCGGACCUGGGCGUGGGUGGCGCCGAGCGGCUGGUGCUGGACUCUGCGCUGGCGCUGCAGGCGCGCGGCUGUAGCGUGAAGAUCUGGACGGCUCACUACGACCCUGGCCACUGCUUCGCCGAGAGCCGGGAGCUGCCGGUGCGCUGCGCCGGGGACUGGCUGCCCCGCGCCUUGGGCUGGGGCGGCCGGGGCGCCGCCGUUUGCGCCUACGUGCGCAUGGUCUUCUUGGCGCUCUACGUGCUCUUCCUCGCCGACGAGGAGUUCGAUGUGGUGGUGUGCGACCAGGUGUCUGCCUGUAUCCCUGUGUUCAAGCUGGCCAGACGACGUAAGAAGAUCCUGUUUUACUGUCAUUUCCCAGAUCUGCUUCUUACCAGGAGAGAUUCUUUUCUUAAACAGCUAUACAGGGCCCCAAUUGAUUGGAUAGAGGAAUAUACCACUGGCAUGGCAGAUUGCAUCUUGGUCAACAGCCAGUUCACAGCUGCAAUUUUUAAGGAAACUUUCAAGUCCCUGUCUCAUAUAGACCUCAAUGUUCUCUACCCAUCACUGAAUGUCACCAGCUUUGAUUCAGCUGUUCCUGAAAAACUUGACGACCUAGUUCCUAAGGGAAAAGAAUUUCUGUUCCUCUCUAUUAACAGAUAUGAAAGGAAGAAAAAUCUGAAAUUGGCACUAGAUGCCCUUGUACAGCUACGCACACGAUUGACUUCUCAAGACUGGGAGAGGGUUCAUCUGAUCAUGGCAGGUGGUUAUGAUGAAAGAGUCCAGGAGAAUGUGGAACACUAUCAGGAAUUAAAGAAAAUGGUCCAGCAGUCUGACCUUAGCCAGUAUGUGACCUUCCUGCGGUCAUUCUCAGACAAACAGAAAAUCUCACUCCUCCAUGGCUGUACAUGUGUGCUUUAUACACCAAGCAAUGAGCACUUUGGCAUUGUCCCUCUGGAGGCCAUGUACAUGCAGUGCCCAGUCAUUGCUGUCAAUUCAGGUGGGCCCUUGGAAUCCAUCAUCCACAAUGUUACAGGCUUUCUGUGUGAGCCUGACCCAAUGCACUUCUCGGAAGCAAUAGAAAAAUUCAUCCAUGAACCAUCCUUAAAAGCUACAAUGGGCCUGGCAGGAAGAGCAAGAGUGACGGAGAAAUUUUCAUCUGAAGCAUUUAAAGAACAGCUCUACCAAUAUGUCACAAAACUACUGGUAUAAUCAGAUUCUUUUAAGGUUCUUUAUGCUGCAUUCACUGACGUUAUUUUUAUGCAUUCUGAGCCCAGUUUUGAUACCAGAAGAGAUGUUUUAAAAAUAAACUUGAGUCUUGAGGGCCAGGGAUUUAGCUCAGUGGUUCCAGCACCUGCCUUGAAAGCACAAGGUCCCGAGUUCAAUCCCCGGUACCAAAAAUAAAUAAAUAAAUUUUUAAAAUAAAUAAAUAAACUUGAGUCUUGAAUCUGAACUGCCUUCCUGUAUACCACACCUCCCUGUGUACUUUUCAGAAAAAAUGGUAUCUCUUACACUGUGAUUGUUCCAAGUCUUACCAUGUUCAGAAUAUUUUAUUUUCUUUGGAUCAUUGUUGCUUUGCCUAUAAAUUUUGACUCAUACUGUGCCUUAAUUAGUUUUGAUAGUAAAAGUUGAUUAAUCUGGUAGAGCACUUGCCUAACACGUGCAAAGCCCUGUGUUCAAUCACCAGCACUAAAAAAAAAAAAAAAAAGUUGGUUAAUUUGACUUUAUAGUGUAA